AGUGUAUCCAACUAUCAUGGCUGCGCGUAAAUUGUGCAUGAAGGCCAAUCAUUUCCGUCGAAGUGUUUCCCGCGAGCCCACCUUACCUCGUCGCUUAUGUCAAUCCACGUGCUCUCCUCCUCCUUUUCAUCCAAUCCAUCCACGAGCCAUCGCAACCUUGUUAUACACCCAGUGGCUCUCAGAGCGGAGCGUCAUUGCGCUGAUGUCUGCGGCUCACUAGGAGUGUUGGAAGGUUGGUAUUAAUAUUGAGAGGGUGAAAUUCAAUUAGAGCAGCAACAUCCACAAGUCUUCACGGCUCAAGUAUCUCCUGCCGCUUUCGCUUCCCAUUUUCAGCACAGGGGGAUAGUGACUAAUCAGCUCUUACCGAUACUCACUGCCCUUGGCAGGCUACACCCAUAUUCCCCGGUAUUGGGAAAUACUUAUGGUGUUGUGGGUGAAGUGUACCUGAAGUGAAUGUCAAGAAUGCGCGUCAAGCGCAUCCAUCUUCGAGCCUGGUUAAAGUCCUGACCUACUAACCAUAUACUCCAGCACCCUGAUCUAGUACGCCGGAUGAAGUAUACAUGACAGGAAAGGUACGAACAGAUGAAUAGGCGAAGGGUAUCUGCUAAACAAUUGUUUUGUCCCAGGUCGUAUCCCAAAAAUAAUGGCUUGCCGCCCGAAAGGAGCUGCUCGCCAAAGAGAAAGCCGCCCUCAAAGCCGCCGACGAGCUACGCGCACAAAUUCGCGAUUUUCCAAUGGUCAAACUUGACAAAGACUACAAUUUCGAGGGCCCAGACGGACAAGUCUUUCUCUCCGAUCUCUUCAACGGACGCAAGCAACUCAUCAUUUACCACUUCAUGCUUGGCCCGGACGACAGAUUUGGCUGCAAUGGCUGCAGCUUCGUCGUCGAUAACCUCCCAUCUAGACUCUGCCAUCUCAAUUCUCGAGACACUACUUUAGUCCUUGUUUCUCGCGCUCCACUCACGAAGACCGAGGCCUUCAAGGAGCGAAUGGGUUGGAACUUCCCGUGGUAUUCCUCCUUUAGUAGUGACUUUAAUUACGACUUCCAAGUCACUCUGGACCCGAGAUUUUCUGCUUCGAAAUACAAUUAUAAUGCUGCUGCUCCGGGAACUAAAGGCGAGCAGGCUGGUUUGAGUGUCUUUUAUAAGAAUGAGGAUGAUCAAAUUCACCAUAAAUACUCGACUUAUGAACGAGGGUUGGAUCACUUGCUUGUUAACCACUCUUUGUUGGAUUUGACACCGCUUGGAAGACAGGAUGGGGUUCAUGGUACGACGAGUUGGAGGUUGCAUGAUUUGUAUGAUAAAGAUGAUGCCAAGGUAUGGGGAUGCUUGGGAGGGAUGGCCUAUAAGAUUUUGUGUUCUGCUGGUGAGGCGUUAGGUUGA